AUGCAUACACAAUUUGUUGUAGGAGAAUCAUCUUCUUCUUCCCGCUUCUCUUAUGAUGUAUUUCUCAGUUUUAGAGGCGAAGAUACCCGCAAAACCUUCACUGGUCAUCUUUACACCCAAUUGUGUCAAGUCGGAGUUAAGACCUUCAUAGAUGAUGAGGAAUUAAGAAAGGGAGACGUCAUUUCAACCGAACUUGAGAAAGCAAUUGAACAAUCAAGGGUUGCCAUCGUUGUUUUCUCCAAAAAUUAUGCUUCGUCUAGUUGGUGUCUUGAUGAACUUGUGAAAAUUCUCGAUUGCAGAGAGAGGUUAAAGCAGGUAGUUUUGCCUAUUUUCUAUGAUGUUGAUCCUUCUCAAGUGCGAAGGCAAACUGGGUCUUUUGGUGAAGCCUUGGAAAAACAUAAGGAACGAUUGUUUGGAACUCAAAGAGUGGAGAAGUGGAAAGCUGCACUGACUGAAGCUGCAAAUUUAUCUGGGUGGGAUUUGCGAAAUAUUGCUGAUGGGCACGAAUCAAAAUUUAUUGAAAGUAUUAUAGAACAAGUUUUGCAAGAGGCCAACCAGACACCUCUAGAUGUUGCUCAUUACCCAAUUGGAUUAGAUUCUUCUAUCGAGCAUAUAGAGUUGUUACUGCAAAGUGGAUGUGAGCAUGAAGUUCGCAUGGUUGGUAUAUGUGGCGUUGGUGGAAUUGGAAAAACAACUCUAGCAAAAGCUAUCUACAAUCGAAUAUUUCAACAGUUUGGUGGUAGUUGCUUCCUUUCGGACAUUAGAUCAAAAGCUGAAGAAUUGGGUCUAGUCAAGCUGCAAGAAAAAGUACUUUGUCAAAUUCUCAAAACUAAGGAGUUCGAAGUUGAUAGUGUUGCUGAAGGUGUCAAUCUAAUCAAAGCAAGACUUGGGUCAAAGAAGGUUCUAAUUGUUCUUGAUGACGUGGAUCAUAGAAGCCAAUUAGAAUCCCUACAAGAGAAAAAAGUUGGUUUGGCUCUGGUAGUUCUUUCUCCACCACAAGAAUAUGUUAAACUGGCACAAGACAUAAUAAAAUACUCAUAUGGGCUACCAUUAGCUCUUGUGACAUUGGGGUCACAUCUGCAAGGGAGAUCCGUUAAAGAAUGGAGAGAUGAGUUCAAGAAACUAAAAGCAAUUCCUCAUUGUGAUAUUCAAAAGAUUCUCCAAAUAAGCUUUGAUGGACUUGAUGAUAAUACUCAGAGUGUUUUCCUUGAUAUCGCAUGCGCCUUCCAUGGAUGUUAUGAGGAUGAAGUGACCAAAACAUUAAAUGCGUGUUUUUAUUCUGAAAGUGCUAUUUCAACCUUAGUCCAAAGGAACUUGCUCCAAAGGGAUUGUCGUAAGUUAGUGAUGCAUGAUCUAGUGCGGGAUAUGGGAAGAGAAAUUGUUCGCAAGGAAUCACCUCGAGACUGUGGAAAACGGAGUAGAUUGUUCAACCCUCAAGAAGUCCUUGAUGUCCUACAAGGAAAUAAAGGUUCUGAAAAUGUAGAAGUAUUGGUGAUAGAACGACAGGCAUUAAAUGGUGUGAAGCUGAGCACAAAAGCAUUUCAGAAAAUGAUAAAACUUAGGGUGCUUAAAAUCGACGACUUACAUAUCAGUGGAGAUAUUGAGUUAUUGUCCAAGGAGCUCAGAUGGUUUUCUUGGAAAAGAUGUCCUUUAAAAUGUAUACCAUCAAAUUUUUCAGCAGAGAAACUUGUAUUUCUGAAUAUGAGAGGGAGCAAUAUCCAAGAAUUUGGUUUGAAUUUGCAGUAUUGUAGAAGUUUGAAGGAGCUGGAUCUCUCUGAUUGCAAGCACCUUAGGAGUACUCCAAACUUCAAGGGUUCACGAAGUCUUGAGUCUGUGAUGUUUUGA